AUGGAAUUUACCACCUUUGGGAUCUCCCAGAAUUAUCUUUCCUAUGUUGACAGCGGUAUCAGUGGAGGAGGAAGUACUGGUAGUGUUUAUGGGUUUCAAUCAUGGCAUGCUGCAUUAAUGUACAAGGUGACUGGAACUGUCUCGUAUUGUACCUUUGCUGUAUCCGACGCAGAUGCAUUGGUCACAUCUGAAGAAUCUCGCAUUUCAAAUAAUCAAAAUCCAGAGGUGGCAGGUGACAGUUAUUUACAUGUUGGAGAACAGAUAGGAAAUAUCAUGAUGGUCUACGAUUGGUGUCGAGCUCAAACUACAUCCUCUCAAAGAUCCAGAUGA